GGCUUCGUGCCUUUGCCCGGGGCGCCGCGGUUCUCCGGUUACAGUCGGUGUCAGCUGAGAGGUGACCGGGGGCCUGGGUGGGGCCUGGGUUUCGGCCCGGCCGUUGGCAAAGGCUUCAGCUGCAUCUCUCAGAGGGCAGCUUGUGCCCCCUUUUGCAGCCUGGGAGCCCGGCUAUGGCAGGGGGGCCCAGAGGCACCUUUGUCCAGCCUGAAGGGUAGAAAGUAACUGAAGAUUUUCUCCAGCUGUCUGGUUCCUGUAGCAGCCUUUAAAAUAGGCAGCGCUUCCUUGCCAGCACAGAAUGAAGUGGCCAUGUACUGUUACUUUGCUUCACUUGCCACCUUCUUGCUGCUUGUCUGUGCACCCACCUUCUAGAGGGGAAAAACUCCCACCAAAACAACAAAAAACAUAGGAAACUUAUUUCUGAAAUCCUUGAAUUGGAAUUCCCUGUCUUGUGGUUUUGGAUUGUUGUUGAUACUUCUGGUUUUGGUAUUUUUCUUUGGUUGUUUUUAGCAUUGCAGUUUCUUCAAGUUUAGUUCAGAACAAGAUGUGAGAAUGAAACUGGAGGCAAGGUCCUUGAUCACUGGUGGGAAAUUCCUGUCUUGUAGAUUCUAAGGGUGAAAUGCAAAACGCAACUGUUGUGACCAAGAGUGAGGUUUGAAGAGCCUUCUCAAAAAGGAGAAGGGGAAAAAAGGCUUUUUUUUCUUUUAAAGUGUUUGAGUUGUUGAAGGACAGUUGUACUUCAGGCAGGGAUCUGGCUAGUGCAGUUUUUUCUUGCACAAAUGCAAUAUUUUAAGGAGCAAUCUUAACCUUAAUAUGAUCUAUACUAGCAAGAUUUUCUGGUACUGUUUUCAGAAAGGAAGAAAACUUAAGUUUUUUUAUUAGAGCUGUGACUCUGGUAGUGUGUCACUUACCUUUAUGUAGUUGGGCUUUGAGAGCACAGAGAAUUGCCAGUGAUGUGGGCCCUGAAUUUCAUUGAGCUCCGAUACAAUUACAGUGGCAUGAAUCCAGAAACAACAUCCACUUGGUGAGAGGCAAUCAUUUCCACUGAAGAUGCAGCUGAGCCUUCCCCAGCGCUCUGUCACAGCAACCUAUGAGUCCUGCAGAUGUUCUCAAUCGGAAUGCAACUUGGGAGUCCAGCGCCUAGAUAGAGGAAUAGGCCUCCACAAAGUCAGGCUGGCUUCAGCUGUAGCGUAGAAAACCAUUUUAGUUUGUUUUCUGGUCUAUAGUGAAUAGAGCUGCCUGCUGGGAGGACAAAGGAGACCACGAUUACUGCACUGGUUUCCUCUUACGUGGCUACGGAGUGAUUUUUACCCCCAUUGCAUAGGUCGGGCUGCCUGAAGUGAACAGCCCUGUGGAGGCAGGGUGUGGUGAAUGAUCUCUUGGAUAUGCUCAGCUGGCAGGAUUUUAUUUUGGACUAAUCAGGGCAAGGGUUUGGACAGUGUGCUGUAAGGGUCAGUGUUGCUGGUGAUGACGAAGCCUAGCCAGAUCCCUGCCAUCAGUUCCUGGUCCUGUGGCCACAGAAUUUUUGCCUGGGUUUUUGACAGGAACACACCACUUCUCCACAUCCUUGCUGUAGGCUUUAGCUAUUAGAAAAGCAUGAUGAUCAUGCUGUCUGGCUGAUGGUUUUGGCUGCCCUUUCUUACCAUUUUGGAUGUUUUGAUGCUAUUUUUUGUGUAUACUCCAUCUUGGGAGGACGAAUAGGGUACUAAUACCAGGCUGUAGCAAGCAGCUGGGCUGAGAGGUAAGCUUGAUUCUGUUUUACCCUUUGAAACCUCGUGACUGGAGGCCUGUUACAUGUGGCCAACUCCUCUAAUUAUCAGCAGCUUGCUGCUGUUGUGUGAUAGUGGUGGCUUCUAGGGAAAAGAAGUGGAGCCUUUCCUUUUUGAGAGGAAGGUGUUUUUUCCCAUGCAAUUCUCUCACUUGAUCUCUUUUCAGUGGGACAGGCAGAUCAAAUUCUUUGUCCCAGAAGAGAUAUUAGGAGGGUGUGAUGGUUUGCAGUUGGUCUCAUACUACCCAUGCUCUGUGGGGUUUAUUUCUACCCUUUCCCAGCUUUUUAAACAGUUAGAUUUUCUUCUGUGUUGACAAAUGUGAGCAUACUUGUCCUUGCUACUACUGAGAUGCAGAGGUGUUUCAGAGGAAGAGAAUGGAGAAAAAUUAUUAACAGAAAAUCAUUCUUAACGGCAUCAGCUCAGAGAAGUGAGAAGCUGGAGGGAAGAGAAUAUGCUUUUAGGGAUAAGUCUGGAAUGUAAAGGUUGUUUGCUGGAACCCCUACUAGAACUAGGAUUUUUUGGCACAGAUUUUUGCUAUCUCAACACAAAGUUAAUCUUUCCAGGUCUGCAUGUGUUUAUUUAAUAUGACAUCUCUUGUGCAGCACAGCAGAUGCCAGUUGCAAAAGAAAAAUCCUAGCUCAGCGAGUAUCUGUCCCCAUGAAUGAAUCAAAGGAACGGUUUGUUAGCUGAGGGUGGGAUGAUCCCCUUACCCCUAGAGAAGACCUAGGAAGAGUGUCAACCUCUGAAGAAGAAGAAGAGUCUGUGGCUGACAGUCUGGAGCAGUUUGUGAGGAAGGUGCUACUGAACUCUAAAAGCUCAACAGAUGACACAGGGCUGUGCUGAUUUUGACCUGUGAGUCACCCAGAACCUUGCAGGGAAAAUACCUUCUGAGUCCUGUCAUGGAGGCUGUCAGUUUUUGCCAUGCCAGCCAGAGUUAAAGUUAAAUGGAGUGGGGUUUUUUUUGAGAUAAAUCUUGGAUUAACUGUAGCACAGAGUCUCUGGCAGUGUGCAUCUUUAAGAUGCCAGCUGAUAAAGUUUUGUUGUGGUUUUUUUUUUUUUUUUCAAUCUGUGUGUUGUCUGUGACCACUUCUUUGGGGAGUGCCAGGAGAGAUUAUAGCACCUUGUGUUUGUAUUCAGCUCACAGCUAGAAGGAAGGCAGGAUAUUCCAGUCCAUGAUGUCUGUGAUGAGAUUCUCCAUGUCUGACAACAUCACACAUUCGACUGCCCUGGUGACAGCACUGGAUAACGUGACAACUUUGACCCCGACAACAACGCAGGCAAUCAAUGACACCAAUAUCACUGUGCCGCACAAGUGCCUGUUGUUGCUCUAUGAGGACAUAGGGAAGUCCAGAGUCCGCUACUGGGAUCUUCUGCUCCUGGUUCCCAAUGUGCUUUUCUUUAUGUUUCUUCUCUGGAAGCUGCCCUCUGCCAGGGCCAAAAUCCGGGUCACUUCCAGCCCAAUCUUCACUACAUUCUACAUACUAGUAUUUGUGGUGGCUUUAGUUGGUAUUGCCCGUGCUGUUGUCUCCAUGACUGUGAGUGCCUCUGAUGCUGCCACAGUUGCUGAUAAGAUCCUGUGGGAGAUCACAAGGUUCUUCCUUCUGGCGAUUGAACUGAGUGUGGUGAUUCUAGGCCUUGCCUUUGGUCAUCUGGAGAGCAAGUCGAGCGUGAAACGUGUUCUGGCAAUCACUACAGUGCUGUCUCUGGCAUAUUCUGUCACGCAGGGCACCCUGGAAAUCCUGUACCCUGAUGCCCACCUCUCAGCAGAAGACUUCAACAUUUAUGGCCAUGGAGGAAGACACUUUUGGCUUGCCAGCUCCUGUUUCUUCUUUCUGGUCUAUUCCUUGGUGGUGAUUCUUCCAAAAACUCCUCUGAAAGACCGGAUUUCUUUGCCCUCCAGGAAGAGUUUUUAUGUUUAUGCUGGAAUUCUGGCAUUGCUGAACCUGGUGCAGGGCCUGGGCAGUGCCCUCCUCUGUGUGGAUAUCAUAGAAGGACUGUGCUGUGUUGAUGCUACCACGUUCCUUUACUUCAGCUUCUUUGCACCUCUCAUUUAUGUGGCAUUCCUGAAAGGCUUCUUUGGGUCUGAACCGAAGAUCCUUUUCUCCUACAAAUGUCAGGUGGAUGAACCCGAGGAUGUGGAUGUGCACCUGCCCCACCCUUACGCUGUUGCCAAGAAGGAAGGAAUGGAUUCUGGGUUCUACUCGAGCACACAGAUUGACACCACAGCCUAUCUCGAUGAUGUGGCCUCUAUGCCAUAUCAUGUGGGCAGCAUCAACAGCAUAGACAGUGACCGCUGGAAAGCCAUCAAUGCCUGAGGCAGGGCUACUUCCUUCACAUGAUGCCUCAUUCUUUUCCUUCCAAACUCUCUGAUACCACAGCUGUUAGGAUAUCCAUUGGAAAUCUGCCCUUGGCUAUCAGCCAUGGCUUUCCUCUCUUCCUUAGGAUUUCCAAAACCUAUUGUGGAAUUAAGUUGGCAGCCUGGAUCCUGUUGGAAAGAACAUUUUCUGUCGCUACCUGAGAACAAUGUAUAACAGUUUUGUUCAUAAACCUAUAAACACUGAACCUUCUUGAUCGUCCGUGUUCCAGAUGUGAAUAUGACCCAGAAGACAGGCCUGACUGGCACCUCUUCCUUUUCAAUGACUGAAAGCAUUUGUCUGCCAAUAACGGGAAUGGUGUUUAGGGAUGAGGGUGUUAAUUUGACUGCUGUAUUGUAAAUAUAUAGAAAGAGUUUGGUCGUUGAAACCAAAGGUGGUCUUCCUGGGCUUUUUCAAGCAGCAUGGUUGCCUGGGUCUUGUAAUGCAACAGCAUAGGUGGUGGUGAUGGCAGUGACUGAAGAGGGAAGCUGGUCAGCUGGGCUUAUCUCUGGUUUCAGCUAAUACUGAUGAAAAUCGUGAAUUGCAGUUGCUAGGGAUUAAAAGGAGUGCCCUGGGAGCAUUUUGAGGGGCUAGUAGCUAACAGCAUAGAUGUGAACUGACUGAAUUAAUAGGGAGACAGAAGAAGGACAGGCAGUGCUACUGUCUAGCUGAGCUGAAGUAGCUGUGAAACAAUCUGUGGGCUAUACUACUGUGCAUUUGAGCUCACAGGAAAAUCUAAGUAACAACACUGAAUCAGGGCUGAGUUUCAAGAAUAAAACCUGUGAUGUAGGUGCAUUUUCCACCUGCAGCCUGCUUCAUGAUCUGGCAGGGUCUUGGAGAGUGCUGUGAAGGAGGAACCCGACUCUGCAGAUGAAGGCUCUGGAGAUGUUCAGGUGCUUGAGGCAGAGCAGAAGCCCAUGAUGUGUCCGAGCUGUCAGUACUGAGUGACUGGAAACUCAGGCAUCAUAGGUGUACUAGAAUCAAGCCGGCUGGUGUUCUAAGUUGGAAGGCAAGUGAGAUAUGGAUGUGUUUCUCUGGCAGUGUCCUCUUAUGUUGCACUUCAGAUCCCCAGACUUCUGCUGGUCUGAAUAGAUUUUGUGGCUUGAUAUGUUGAAAAUACUUACGUGCAUGUGGAGCGUGGUUCAUUUAAAGACUAUCUGGAACUUCUUAUUAUCCUCUUCCAUGCUGGAAAAGGAACUGCUGUUGUCUGAGCUGUCUGGCAUGCAGUUGUAAGACACUGUGUUCCUAUCCAGGGACUGUUCAGCUGAAAGCUGCAUCAGGCUGGUUUCUGGGACUUGGUGUGCUCUCCACAGAUGAAGGGGUAUAUUCCUUUAGCUUUGGGAGUGCUUUCCUACCUGAGUCCUCCAGGUAGGUGGAGAUCUGCUACAAGCAAUAGCAACUUGCCAUUAGAGAUGGUAGAAAGAAGGAAUUUGAAAUGUUUGGGGACUUUGUGAAUUUCUUGCCCCAACCCACUCCUGUUCCUGAAGAAUACUGAGAUAAGAGUUUCUGGGAAAUCUUCAUACAGGGCGCAGCAUGGAGGUGUUAGUUUGGAUCAUGAGCAGGUAGGGGAAAGCAUUUGCUACCACAUGUUCCCAACAUAGGGAAAGAAGGUUUGGGUAAGAACACAAAGUUCGUAUUGGUUGCCAAAACUAUGCAGGCCAUUUGCUUAUAUUGUUUUGUUAAUGAGCAAUGAAGCCUCUCUGUUCUGCCUGAGGACUUUGCCUGACAGGCCUCUUAAGUAGCACUGGCACCUUGAAAACAAACACCACCCCCACAGCUUUGUUUUUGGGUUUGGUUUUUCUUUCACAUUUACUUUUUGAGGAAAAAAGUCUUCUGUUUAUUUGUGUGUGAGAGCUGAACUGUCUCACCUAGGUCAACAGUCUUUAACCUUUCCCCUCCAUGCAAUGACUGUGUGAGGGCUGGACAAGCAACUGGCAGAGUCAGCCCUUGCCACAUUACAGAAGUGUUCCAUGCUCCUCCUGUCACUUCCUGUGAAUCCGCCUGAGCCAUGCUUGCUUGCUUACUUACUCUAAAAGGGAUGGAUGACAUGGUGCCUGAAUUGUCCUGCUGCUGCUCCUAAUGCUGCUUUACAACACUGAUCCCGAGCUGCUCUUAGGAAGUGGGGAAACUUGCAAAGCUUCCCUGGAGUUGGUGGGCCUUGGACAGAGCCAAGGGAUACGAAGGUAUUAAAGCAGUUGAGUAAUAAAGGAGCAACUGCUUUUCUGUCCCAAGGAGUAUUUGCUGACUCAACACCCUGGCCAAGAGGACUAAUUUGCCCUCCUUGGUGAUGUGAAGAGCAGGUUAUGAGUUUGCGGUUUUAUCAGCUGAAUUCAGUGCUGAAGGAUCACCUUUGCAGGUGGUAGACAGGUCCAUCCUGUCCUUUGCUGGCAGGACUCCAGUAUUUCUGGAGCGUCCCAUGUUCUGCUGCUGAGGAGCUUCUGCACUAGGUCAUGGACUGACCUUCCUCCUGUUGUAUUUUUAUGUAUAUAUAAUACUUUGGGCCAUAUUCAAAAUGGUCCAUGAGCAGAAGUGUGUUAUGCCUGGGGGGGUAAAGAGAGAAAAUAUAGAAUAAAUGUAUAUUUUUGUUUGUAAAAUAAAGAAAUAAAAUUAAGUUUGGCAUAAA